AUGAAAAACGAGAUCUCCAAGAGUUAUUUCAGAUGGACUUCAAUUCAUUUUAUGACGGACGCCAUCCCAGAUUUAGCGAUGGAGAUGAUCGUUGCAGCAGCAUUUGAGCAUGUUGUGCUACCGCCACCAAGAACACCACUAGCUGCUUUCCGCCGAGUGUUGCAGUUGAUCGUGAGACACAACUGGACGGCACGUCCCCUUUUUGUUGACUUUGACAACGCUUGGAAUGAAGAGGAAAUCGCGAAGCUUGAGUCGAAUUUUGUGAAAAUGCGUCCAAUUUUGCCUCCAAUGGUGAUAAUAACGAAUGAGGAUCCUGUUGGGUCAAAAUGGACUCGAGAUGGACCAACUCCUUUGAUGCUAAAGCGGAUUAUAGCACUGGCAACGUCGACAUUGAAAGUGCUCGAUAUGAACUAUGAAAAUGAUAAAAGAAUAGACAUUGAGUUUUUCCAAAAGAUGGUGGUUCGUAAAGAGGUCGUUCAUGAACAGCCGCAAAACGUGAAGAUGAUCAAUUCACAGUCGAGAUGUUAUAUGAGCUUACCGGUGGUGAACUUCGAUCCUAUAGAAGAGUUGGUCUACGAGCUGAACGCGCAUUUCCAACAUGUGGCGUUGUUCUUCUGGAAUCGGUAUGGUGGUGAUCGGAUAGGUCUUAAAUGGAAGCCGCAUGAGUUAGAGGUGCCAGCCAAGAUAUCUCGCUGUUGUUCGCAUUAUGCGAAGAGUGCAGGAACAUCUAGUCUUUUACUGAAUAAGGAAGAGAUUUUAGAAGGAAUACGAAUAUUGGAGUGUCGUCAGGGCAAUCCAAUGGACGACGUAGACGCACUAGUGGAUCAGCUAAUUGACACACAGGUGGAUCCUACGGCGCUGGGCGAACAUCCACGGUUCAGCAAGUUCAAGAACGCAGGACGAGCUGCUGAGCAACAGGCGCGGCGUAGGGAAGAUGCAAUCGAAAGGCAACGUAACAGCCGUUUUGAUCAUUUCAAUCACACGAGGAGAUUGGCCGAGAACGUGAGUGAUGAUGAGGCUGAGAUUGUUGAGCAGCUGAAGAUGGACUGCGAAGAAGUGCCACAAGAUCUUCGGAAGAAGCAGUACAAGUCAAGGUAUGCAGAUGAGCUGAUGCUAAGCGAAUGGCUCGUGGACAUACCGGAACAGCUGUCAUCGGAAUGGAUGAUGGUACCAUCACCAGUUGGCAAACGGGUGCUAGUUGUGGCGGCGAAGGGCGCAACAACAGCGUAUAAUAAAGCCGGCAAAACUGUCACACAAUUUCGAUCUCGAUUACCGGGAGGAUCUGGAAAGUCAAAUGUGUAUACGAUAUUGGAUUGUAUAAUGAAUAAUAGGACAUUCUAUUGUCUGGACGUAUUGGCAUGGAAUGGCAUGGAUAUGAGUGCAAAUCCUUUCGAUUUUCGGCAAUUUAUGCCCAGUUCCAAAUUAAAGGAAACGGACGAGCUUGUGGUAGCUUCGAGGCAGUAUCCG